CGUUUAAUGUGUGUUUGUGUGAAUGGAGGCUUAGCCCAGCCAGGAUACAAAGGGAUGUGAAGUAUAUAAAUAUGAAGUUCAGCCACAUGGCUCAGUUAUUGAUUGUGCUUAUCAAUAGUUUUUGUAAAGUUGGUUUUGUGGAAACAAGGUGCAGACAUUUGAACUGUUGUCAUUCAUAAAAGUGUUCUGCUGUAUAUGUUUCAAUCCAGUGUUGAUAUACACUCUGCUGAUCUGUUGAAUUAGAAAGUGUAAACUUGUCUUCAAAAAGCGGUAUAAGAAUGCAACUAUGUGCAAUAUGGCUGUUUGCUAUUAUAGCAGUUGUUUUCUGCAUGGUACAAACUACCUCAGUUAACCCAUGCUGCUCAUUCCCAUGUCAGAACAAUGGAGUCUGCAUGACCACUGGCUUCUCUUCAUAUAGCUGUGACUGUUCACAAACCGGUUACUAUGGUGACAACUGUGAACAUGUCACCCUCUACAAAAGAAUUGUAAAAUGGUUGAAGCCAACUCCGGAUCAACUCCACUAUCUGCUCAUCAACUACAAAUGGUUUUGGAGUUUUGUCAAUGCUGUACCAUUUCUCAGCAAUGCUAUCAUGAAAAAAGUUUAUUUGUUGAGAUCGGACAUCGUGGACAGUCCCCCUGUGUAUGAAGCUGAACAUGCGUAUGCUACAUUUUCUAUACACACCAAUGCCAGCCACUUUGCCAGAACACUUCCACCAGUACCACUCAACUGUCCCACACCGAUGGGAGUCAAAGGUAAGAAAGAGCUGCCUGAUGUUGAGGUGCUGAUAAAGAAGUUUUUCACGAGAAAGACCUUUCGACCGGACCCACUGGGAACCAGUGUCCUGUUCUCGUUCUUUGCCCAGCACUUCACCCACCAGUUCUUCAAGACGGAUCUCAAGGCUGGGCCUGGGUACACCUGGGCUGGCAAUGGAGUUGAUGUGUCUCAUGUCUACGGCAAAAAUACCCAGGUAGAACUUGCUUUGAGAAGUCAUAACGAUGGGAGACUAAAAUCUCAGAUGAUCAGUGGUGAAGAGUACCCACCAUACCUGAAAGAUGUUCCUGGCGUCACCAUGAGAUAUCCACCAAACAUGCCGGAGAACAUGAAGUUUGCAAUCGGCCACGACUUCUUUGGCUUGUUUCCUGGACUGUUUGCGUACGCUACCAUCUGGCUGAGGGAACACAACCGGGUGGCUGGCAUCCUGAAGCAGGCGCACCCGGAGUGGGACGAUGAACAGCUCUUUCAGACCACAAAACUCAUCAUCAUUGGAGAGACCAUUAGGAUAGUAGUUGUGGACUACGUACAGCACCUGAGUAACUACCACUACCAGCUUGUGUUCAACCCAGAGGUGCUGUUUGGGGAGUCUUUCCAGUACCAGAACCGCAUCAACGUCGAAUUCAACCACCUCUACCGCUGGCAUCCUCUGAUGCCCGACAAUUUCAACAUCACCGGAACAGUGUACAAGAUGAAUGAAUUUGUCUUUCAUUCUGAGCUGGUCAUCAAACAUGGCUUGACGGAUUUCGUGGAAUCUAUGUCGAGGCAACAGGCUGGCAGGAUGAGUCAUCACAACCAUGGGCCAAUGACGGUGAAUGUUUUACGGGAAACUAUUCUUCACGGUCGAGAACUCCGCUUUCAGCCUCUGAAUCGCUACAGGCAACGAUUCUCUUUGACCCCAUUCAAAACAUUUGAAGAGUUAACAGGUGAGACAGAGAUGGCAAAAGAACUGGAGGAACUUUAUGGUGACAUCGAUGCACUAGAAUUUUAUGUUGGACUCCUGAUGGAGAAAAGACGAACAAAAGCCAUGUUUGGAAGUUCCCUCAUUGAAAUAGGAGGACCUUUUUCUGUCAAAGGCCUUCUAUCAAACCCUAUCUGUAGUCCAAGACACUGGAAACCAUCGACGUUUGGUGGAGAGGUCGGUUUUAAUCUCGUGAAAACAGCAACAUUAAAAAAACUGUUUUGUGAAAAUAUAAAUGGACCGUGUCCACUGGUGUCUUUUCGUGUCCCUGACUAUGUUGAAGUGGAGGUAGACUCAGAAGAAGACAUGGACUAUAGUCAUGAAGAAUUAUAGCAUCUGUUGUCAUAGACUUGAUCACAUUUCAUAUACAAUAACUGCUGUUUUGGGACAUCGGCAGCAGAUCUGCAUUUACUGUGAUGACAUCAGACAUGGGCGUACAGCCUCCCAUUUUUGUAGGGGGGUUGUUGUGGUGGGUGGGAGCAGGAUGAUGUUUGCCCCAAUUAAACAAAAAUGCCCAAUUCUGGAUAACAUUUAUUCAUAUUAGCAUUACUGCCAUACAGCUAUAUAGGGUUGGAAAUUAAUCACUACACAUUUUUAAAUGAAUCACAACUAAUAUUGUUGGUAGAAUUAAUGAAAAUACAUGGUGAAAAGGUUUCAGGUUAGCUGAGUUCGCCCGAAUAUCUCCAAUGUUUUGCCUGAAUUGUUGCCCCCCCCCUCCCCCUCUCCCCCCCACUCCCAUUUCAUACACUUACGACACCAGGUGCUUUACCAGAUUCUAGUGGCAUUGCUGAGCCAUUAUUGUCAGUGGCAGCAGAACUAUUUCUCAUUAUCAUUUUUGUAUGUGUAUAUUUAUUUAUUGUUUUUACAUCACUCAGACUUAUUUUCAUUAAUUUCAUAAUCAUAAUGACUAUCCUAUUGUACAUAAAUUCAUCAUUUGUUGUGGACUUAAUUGAUUUUGUAGCAUUUCCAUUAGUUCUUUAGGAAAUUCAGGUGGAAUUUCUGAUGUACAUUUGUGUUAGUGACAGCAAAAAUAUUUUCAUUGCUGUUUGAUUUUUGUAAACAAAAAUUAGCUUCCCUCAUUUCUUUUACUUUUCAUUGCUUUUAUAACCAUUAAAGCAAUUAUAAUUAGUUCUAUUUUAUAGCGCUUUAUGAAAAUACUCCAUUGUUUUUUUAAAAACAAAGAUUUAGUUCAGUGGUAAGAUAAUUUUUUAAUAAUACGCAAGUUAAUAAUGUGAACUUUUUAUUAUUUAUUAGUCUUUUGUUUACAUUUUAUUUAAAAUACUCAUCUCCAGAUUUUAAAAUCUUGACAUAUUAGAUCAGAUAUUUAUCAUUUUACACACCAUAAUUUGAACUUCAAUUAUAUGUAAUAUAAUAAUACAUGUAUUAUAUUUUUACAACUAUUCUCUCACUAAUUUAUGCAAAUUAAAAGAUAAAGCUAGCACUAUAUUUGCAAAGCUUAAUUAUCAAAUCAUACAAUUAAACAGCAAUAUUUAAAUUAAGAAAUGAUUAUUAUUUGAUUAUUUUGCUGUGAUGCCUCAGAUAUACAUACACGCACAUGUAUAUGAGCUUAUUCUAAUGUUUAUUGAAUGUAUUUAUUUUGAGCAAUUUAUCAAACAUAUUUAUUAUUUGCACACAUUAAUUUGCAUACAUAGACAUUUAUACUAGUAAUCACAAGAAGUAGUUGAAGAAAAGGUCAUAAUUAUAUUUUAAAAUAGUUAUUUAACUGUACAUUCCAAGUGAAAACCCCCCAAAACAAUUUGACCAAAGUAAAGUGUAAAGAGAAAUAUACUUGUGUUAUUCCUACAUGUAUAUAGGUACCAUAUUUACAAUCAGUUACUGUAUACGUUAGAAUAUCACAUUUAACGUAAGCAAUAUUUAUGACUAAUUUAAUAUUUUAUAGUACUGAAUUACAAAUACCAUGGCAACAGCAUAAUAAAAACAUCAAUGUUAUUUACCAUAUCCAAUAUAGUUUUUUUUAUGUUGCAUCUGUUUUUCUUAUCAAUUGUUUAUUUAAUAUCAGUACUUGCAUGAUCAAGAUGUGGUAGAUAUUUAAACUGUUUAUUGCAUGAUCAAGAUCUGGUAGAUAUUUAAACUGUUUAUUGCAUGAUCAAGAUCUGGUAGAUAUUUAAACUGUUUAUUGCAUGAUCAACAUGUGAUAGAUACUUAAACUGUUUAUUGCACGGUCAAGAUGUGGUAGAUAUUUAAACUGUUUAUUACAUGAUCAAUAUGUGGUAGAUAUUUAAACUGUUUAUUACAUGAUCAACAUCUGGUAGAUAUUUAAACUGUUUAUCAGAUUACAACCACUGUGAUAUGCUUGCUAUGCCUUUCCUUUGCAAUAUAAUCUGGUAUAGUCUAUUGGUCUCUUUUACAAGUCAAAGAACAUUCAUUUACACUUGAUUAUUCAUCACAAUGAAAGACUGUGCAUGUAUUUAUUGUAUUGUUUUAUUUUAGUAAAUAAACCAUUCUAAUAAAA